AAGAAACGCAAGUAACAAAAGUCGCUUUCAACCCACGUGAUCUUUCGUCGACUUUUCUCCUUCUUCUUCUCUCCUUCAUCUUCAUCUCUCUCUCAACUUUUUUAGGCGAUGAAUUAGGGUUUUAUUUACUUUCUCUCAUUUUCCCGCAAAACCAAGACAGAUACCUCUUCUUUCUCAUCAAUUUCUAUUCGGCUGCUUUUGUUAAUCUCCAGGUUUAUAAUUGGCUCUGAUCUUAACUCUGAAGAGAGUAAAGAUGAUGUUUAACGAGAUGGGAAUGUGCGGGAACAUGGACUUCUUCUCCUCUGCCUCCCUCGGAGAAGUUGACUUCUGUCCCGCCCCACAACACCCUGAACCCGAUUCCGUCGUUGAAGACGACUACACCGACGACGAGAUCGACGUCGACGAGCUCGAGAGGAGGAUGUGGAGGGACAAGAUGAGGCUUAAGCGUCUCAAGGAGCAGGACAAGAGCUGCAAAGAAGGUGUUGACGCUGCUAAGCAGAGGCAGUCUCAGGAGCAGGCCAGGAGGAAGAAGAUGUCUAGAGCUCAAGAUGGGAUCUUGAAGUACAUGUUGAAGAUGAUGGAAGUCUGUAAAGCUCAGGGCUUUGUAUAUGGGAUUAUCCCUGAGAAUGGGAAGCCUGUCACUGGGGCUUCUGAUAAUCUCAGGGAGUGGUGGAAAGAUAAGGUGAGGUUUGAUCGUAAUGGUCCUGCUGCGAUAAGUAAGUACCAGGCGGAGAACAACAUCCCUGGGGUUCAUGAAGGGAGUAAUUCCAUUGGACCUACUCCUCAUACGUUGCAGGAGCUUCAGGACACGACUCUCGGGUCGCUUUUGUCGGCUUUGAUGCAGCACUGUGAUCCUCCUCAGAGGAGGUUUCCUUUGGAGAAGGGAGUUCCUCCUCCGUGGUGGCCUAAUGGGAAAGAGGACUGGUGGCCUCAGCUUGGUUUGCCUAAAGAUCAAGGCCCUGCUCCUUACAAGAAGCCUCAUGAUUUGAAGAAGGCGUGGAAAGUUGGUGUGUUGACUGCGGUUAUUAAGCAUAUGUUUCCGGAUAUUGCUAAGAUUCGGAAGCUUGUGAGGCAGUCCAAAUGCUUGCAGGAUAAGAUGACUGCUAAGGAGAGUGCUACUUGGCUUGCUAUUAUUAACCAGGAAGAGUCCUUGGCUCGUGAGCUUUAUCCUGAGUCUUGCCCUCCUGUUUCUUUAUCCGGUGGUGGAAGUUGCUCGCUUCUGAUGAAUGAUUGUAGUCAAUACGACGUUGAAGGUUUGGAGAAGGAGACUCACUAUGAAGUGGAGGAACUCAAGCCGGAGAAAGUGAUGAACCCUUCGAACUUUGGGAUGACUGCUAACUUCCCUGUUAAGGAAGAAGUUCCAUCAGGGAACUUGGAGUUCAUGAGGAAGAGGAAGCCAAACAGAGAGCUGAACACUAUGAUGGACAGAACCAUCUUCACAUGCGAGAAUCCUGGGUGUGCGCAUGGAGAAAUCAGUCGUGGCUUUCUGGAUAGGAACUCAAGAGACAACCAUCAGUUUGUUUGUCCACACCGAGAGAGUUGCUUAUCCUAUGGAGCAGCAGCAGCAGCACCGUCCAGGUUCCAUGUCAACGAAGUUAAGCCUGUCGUUGGAUUCUCUCAGCCAAGGCCAGUGAACUCGGUUUCCCAGCCAAUCGACUUAACCGGUAUUGGAGUUCCUGAAGAUGGACAGAAGAUGAUCUCCGAGCUCAUGUCCAUGUACGACAGAAACGUCCAGAGCAACCAAAACCAGACUUCUAUGGUCAUGGAGAAUCAAGGUGUGGCACUGCUUCAACCAACAGUCCAGAAUCAUCAAGACCAUCUCCAGUUCCAAGGAAACAUGGUGGAAGGGAGUUUCUUUGAAGACUUGAACAUCCCAAACAGAGUUAACAACAACAACACUAGCAGCCAAACGUUCUUCCAAGGGAACAACAACAAUAACGGUAACAAUCAAACGUUUUUCCAAGGGAACAACAACAAUGGGUUCAAGUACGACGCUACACACAACAAUAACAACUUUGAAGCUGCGCAUAACAACAGUAGCAGCAACAGGUUUCAGCUUGUGUUUGAUUCUCCACCGUUUGAUAUGGCUGCAUUCGAUUACAGAGAUGAUAUGUCAAUGCCGGGAGUAGUAGGAACGAUGGAUGGUAUGCAGCAGAAGCAGCAAGAUGUAUCCAUAUGGUUCUAAGUCUUGGGGAAUAGAUUUCUAUCUUCUCUUUAUUUUGUGUUCUUACAUUCACUCUACAAUGUAAUAUUUUUCUGGGUCUGUGUCUGUGUCUCUGUCUCCUCGCUUGUAAUGUGUUCGUAAGAGUCUCUGAAACUCUCUCUGUGACUCUGUGUGUGUCUUGGUCUUGGCUGGUGAAACUCUCUCAUCCUCAGCUCUUUUAGUUUAUACAUCCCAGACUUGGGGGACGAACAUAAUGUAAGUUUUCAUAUUUAUAUAUAAUUUGGAGUCUCUUAUUAA